UUGUCUUGAUAACUCCUAAAAGAAAAAUAAAAGAAUUAGGAUCCCUAUCCAAGCUGUUAUAUAAAACUCACUCCUUUUGAUCAGUCAAUCAUCAAUCAAUCAAAUCAAAAGGGAGAAAUCAGAAUCUUAUCAUCUCAUCUCAAAAACAUCAUGUCCUCUUCAUCUGCUGCUUUUGCUCCGGACCACCACCUCCACCACCAUCACCUCUCUCCUCCCUCAGGGGAACAACUCUGCUAUGUCCAAUGCAACUUUUGUGACACUGUUCUCGCGGUGAGUGUUCCUUGCUCCAGUUUGUUCAAGACUGUGACAGUAAGGUGUGGUCAUUGCACCAACCUUCUGUCUGUCAACGUCAACAUGCGCGGCCUGCUUCUUCCCUCUGCAAAUCAGCUUCAUCUCCCCCAUUCUUUCUUUUCUCCUCAGAAUCUUCUGGAGGAGAUUCGGAAUUCUCCACCAAGUUUGUUGAUCAAUCAGCCAAACCCGAAUGAGUUACUCAUGCCAGUUCGAGGAGUUGAUGAACUUCCAAAGCCACCAGUCGCAAACAGACCCCCGGAGAAACGACAGCGUGUGCCAUCUGCUUACAAUCGAUUCAUCAAGGACGAGAUCCAACGUAUCAAAGCUGGAAAUCCUGAUAUAAGUCACAGGGAGGCCUUCAGUGCUGCUGCAAAGAAUUGGGCCCACUUUCCACACAUUCAUUUCGGACUUAUGCCUGAUCAACCCGUGAAGAAACCCAAUGCAUGUCAACAGGAAGGGGAGGAUGUUCUGAUGAAGGAAGGGUUUCUUGCUCCAGCAAACGUGGGUGUAUCUCCUUACUAAUUAAGGAAAUGAAGUCACCAGCCAAUGUUCUCUCCCUGAUCUGUUGGAACUGUCUAUUUAUCUAAUUAUUGUGCGUUAGUUUAUCUAUAGUUUAGGGCGUCCUGUUAAUUUCUAUUUUCUUUGAAGAACACGUACUCUCUAGGGUUUCCUUCUCGCUCUCAUGUUGUCUUUGAAGAAGACAUUUCUAACUGUUUCAGGUUGCUUAGUUUCUAGUGAGGAAAGGAUUCUGAGAACUGUGUUUGUUUGUUAAUGCUGAUAACUAAGCUCUCUGAAACCCUCAAUAUCUGAAAAUGGAACUGCUUCUGUUCAUAAA